CCGGCGAGCAUGUUGAACGUGCACCAGUAAGAGAGUAUUGAGAAAUCAAGGUGUUAUUUCCCAAGAAUGUUUUACUGAGGGACUUUAUUAUUCUAACAAAGUACAUGUGUAUGCGAAUUUAAAUGGACACUGAAGUCACGAACAUUAAGGGGGGAUUUGGAAAGCACGUGUCUGUGUUUACUGCGCUAACCGCUGGGUGCUCGGUCGAGCGCGACGUCAGUACACCCGUGACAAUACACAACAAUCGCUGAUGGGAUUCAGGAAGAGGACUAGAAGUUUCAGAAGCUAGAUAAAUUCUGAUCGAGGAGACUGAUUAUAGUGGGGCUAUGUCUGUGAAGCGGCCUGAAGCUGUCAGGCAGUGAGGCGGUCCCAGACUCAGUACCCAGACCAAGCAGGAAGUGUUAUUGUUGGAAUACAAUAUUAGGUCCUUGUGACCAGACAGAAGAUGGAACAGUCCAUUCUACAGUCUCUGUCUACCCCUCACCGCCAAAAGGUCACCAGACAGCUACGGAAGGAGCAGGUGAAGCGUUACCUGGACCACAUCAAACAGGGGAGCGUCCGGAGAGAGCGCAAGGAAAACCAGAAGAAAACCAGGGUUGAGUUUCAGAAAAUCUUUCUACUGCAGGAAGCUGUGGAGAGCUUUAAUGAUAGAGAGGUUGCUCGGCUCCUGAACCAAGGAGUGGACAAGAACUUUGUGACCGGCAAUGACACAUCCUUAUUGCAUAAAUGUGUGGAGGAGGAGAACUAUUCGGCCGCUGAGCUGUUGAUUCGUGAGGGCGUGAACAUCAAUGCAGGGGACGUGGAUGGCUGGACGCCAUUACACAUGGCUUGUCACUGCCAGGCCGUGGACAUGGUCCAUCUAAUCCUCAAUAAUGGGGGUGAUGCCACGCGUUUGGAUGUGGAUGGGUUUUUUCCGCAUGACCAUGCUCCAGAGGACUCAGAAACAAGGGAGAUAAUGCAGCAACACAUGGAGAGUAAAGGCAUCAGUGAGAAAGACCUACAGGAGGUCCGAUUGAAGGUUCCCCUGGAAAUGUUCACUGAGGUCAAGGACCACCUCUCUCAUGGAGGGAAUCCAAACAAGGAGAAUGAAAACGGAAUCACCCUGCUCCAUAUUGCCUGUGCCAAUGGGUACAGAAAGGUCAUACGACUGCUUCUGAAGCAUGGAGCUGACGUCAACCAAGCAGAUAAUGAUGGAUGGACGUCUCUUCAUAUUGCAGCCAGAUAUAACCAGAUGAGGGUUGUCCAGACACUGCUGAGGUCUGGGGCAGAUCCUCUGAUGUCGGACUCCGUCGGCUGUACCCCCUCACAAGUCACCACCAAUAACGAAAUCCGCGCUCUGCUGACCAAAGCUGAGAGGAAGCAGAGGAAACUGUCAUCAUGGCGAGACUCAGAGCUACCCGAUAAUCUGGAUGAUGAUGCUGACAUAGACGCUGAUGAAGAGACCAUGAUGGGUCAUCUUGUGCGCAUCAACAGCAAAAAUGUUCGCCCUCGUCACACAACGAUCGCCAAAGAAGACGAGAUGCUGGAGCUGAGGCAGAGGGAGGAGAGUGUGAACCAGGCACAGGAAGUCAUCAGAGCAGACGACAGUUAUGUCACACUGGGAGCAGACGACACUGAUGUCACUCAGACAGUAGAUGAUGUCUACGAGGAAAUAUACGUCUCCAAAUUAUGGCGGAAUGUGGAUGAAUCCAAGACUCAGCUUCCUCCGGUAAUGGAGUCGGACAAUCUCACAGAUCUUGCUGUUAUCUCGGAGAAAUCAGCCCUAGAAAGUAUCCAGGAAAGGUUCACUGCUGGUCAGAUCUAUACCCUUAUAGGAGACAUUUUGAUUGCUGUCAACCCUUUUACAGAAAUGUACAUUUAUUCUAAAGAGGUGUCUCAGAGAUACCAUGGUAAGAGUUCUGCCCCCUUACCUCCACACGUGUAUAAAGUAGCGGAGCGCGCUCACGAUUGUAUGCUCUCUACACAGACCUCUCAAUGCUGCGUCAUCUCCGGAGAAAGUGGUGCCGGAAAAACGGAGACGUGUAAAUAUCUCAUACAGCACCUAGUGUUCAUUGCAGGGAGUGAUGAAAGCAACCUCAACAGCAAGAUAUCACAGGUGAACCCUGUCUUGGAAGCCUUUGGCAAUGCCAGAACUGUGGUGAACUCUAAUUCAAGUCGAUUCGCCAAGUUUAUGCAGCUCAGCUUUAAUGGAAAGGGAAGAAUUGUUGGAGCCAAUCUGACAGAGUUCUUGUUAGAGAAAUCCAGGGUGGUUUUACGAGGCGAGGGGGAGCUAAGCUUUCACAUCUUUUACUGGAUGUUUUCUGGGAUUUCACCUGAGGAAGCUAACCUUUAUCACCUGCAUGACAUCUCAAAACACAGGUAUCUGGCACAGGGGGGGGCGGACGUGAAGAGUCGGAUUAAUACAAACAACAAGGAGAAGUUCUGGGAGCUGAAGCAAUGUCUGCAGUAUAUAGGAUUCACCUCCGAUGAAAUCCAGAAAAUACUUCAGCUCUUGGCCGCUCUUCUUCAUCUUGGUGAUGUCACAUUUGGUAGUCAUGGAAACCAUGAUGCAGCAACCAUUGCCAACCCAGACCAACUUGACUUAGUCUCCGAGAUGUUGGAGGUGCCCAGUGAAGAGUUGGGAUCUGCCCUAGUAUCUGAGUUCACUGUAACAAGAGGGGAACAGAUAAGAAAGGACCGGACCAGACAGCAGGCCGGGGACUGUAGGGACGCGCUCGCUAAAGCCGUCUAUGGCCGACUGUUCAGCUGGAUCGUCAACGGGAUUAACCAGAUGAUCCACCCCAUAGACCCCAGUAGUGACAAGUUUCAGAUUGGGAUUCUAGACAUCUUUGGUUUUGAGAAUUUCACAAGAAACAGUUUUGAACAGAUGUGUAUCAAUCUGGCCAAUGAGCAGAUGCAAAGCUAUGCAAAUGAAUACAUAUUCAUGAAGGAGCAAGAGGACUGCUUGUUAGAAGGCGUGCCAUUGGUGGAACUAAACUACAAAAACAACCAGCCGAUCAUUGAUACUUUUAUGGAGAGAAAUGCUGGAAUACUGGCCAUAAUAGAUGAAGAGAGCCGAUUUCCAAAAGGAACAGAUAUUUCACUGGCCACCAAACUACAUCAGGGCCCAGGAGAAAAAUAUCCUGAGGUUUACAAGAUACCAAAGGACAAGGGGCCGAGUUUUACUGUCGUCCAUUACGCUGGAGUUGUGAAGUAUGAUCUGAUUGGGGUGCUUGAGAAAAAUCGGGACACACUUCCAAAUGCUGUGCUCUGUACAAUGAAGACCAGUAACUGCCUCCAGGUGAAGGAGCUGUUCCAGAGCCGGAUGACCCGGACUGGUUCCCUCGCUCCCAGUGCUCGGCAACAGCGAUCCAGAAAAUCCAGACAGUCACCUUUUGAAUUUUUUAAGAAACUCAAGGGAGGCAAAUCUAAAACGAAAAACGUGACUCCUGUGGUACCUUACGAGAAGAAAGGACCAUCUACCAUGGCCUACCAUUUCAAGAACUCCCUGUCGGAUCUCUUGUCUCAGAUCCAGGCAGCAUCCCCCCACAUCAUCCGCUGUAUCCGACCAAACAUCCAUCGGACGCCCCGCCAUUUUGUCCCCGAGUACGUCCUCGCUCAGAUGAGGUACACUGGGAUUGCGGAGACGAUAAAGAUCAAGAAACAUGGCUACAGCGCAAGACUUAAGUUUAGGGACUUUCUUGUUGUAUUUGACACCCUUAGGACAGUAUUGGUUCCACCUUACAGCAUGAUCUCAGACGAACAGAAAUGUAGGGAGGUCAUCAAGUUCUGUGGACUUGGCUCAGAAACUCAAAGUCACCAGGUGACAAUUGGGAAGUCUAAGCUAUUUUUCCAUGAUGCAGAUUUGAGGAAAUUGGAUCAAAUAUCCAAUAAAGUGAAAGAGCAGGUCAUCAUCUGCCAGUCAGCUGUGAGAAAAUAUUUGGCCAAGAAAAGAUAUGCAAAACUCCAGACAAAAUCAGCAGAGGAGAAUGAGAGAAAAGUUCAGGAGUUCUGUCACCAGAUGGCACUGCAGCAUGAUAAGGUCACUUCCUGGAUACAGUUUCAGAGAGGGCAUGAUGAGGGCAGAGUUCGAAAUACAAAAAAGGCAGAAAAGGAGACUGAUUUGGGAGGAUCUGGAGAGAGUCUGAAUGAGAUACUAAGUCAGUAUGAUGAAGUGCUAGGAAAAUACCAAGAUGAUGAUGACAGUGAGGAGGAUGAUUCCUACGCUGAUGUCUUGAACGUGAUCACGGACAUGAGUGUUCAGCAUAGUCGGGGGUUACCUCCCCCUCCCUGUGGGGCCGUGAUCAUGCGAGAUAACCCGCCCCCUAACCCAAAGGAGAUGUAUGCUCAGGCUGGUAUCUAUGAUGUCAUUCCUGGGGAGAAGGCCACCAAGAGACCAGCUCCUCCCAAACGGAGCGCAAGUACGAGACUCAGCUCGGGCAGGGACAGGGUAUCUGUAUCAAGUGACGAUGCAGUUUUCUUGGAUGAACAUCACAGACCGACCAAUCAAAACUCACCUCUAUUGUCCCCAAGGUUAUCUAGGUCAAAUCAUCAUCAGCAGCAUCACCCCCAGAUGAGGAGGUCUUCAUCCCCUGGGCAGCCAAGGCAGGCUGUCCCAUCCCCCAACCAGUCCCGCCCCUUCUCCUACUUCUCCCCACCAUCUACCCCCUCCCAGCCACCAAGUAACACCCCACAUCUGAUUUCACCAGGGUCACCAACGUAUGAGCCCAUUCACCAGCCCGGCCACCCUCACAAUGGGCAUCACCACUCCACCCACCACCACCACCACCGACCACGUGUGUCUUCCAAUGUAGAAGUCAGAGCGUUGUCCCCCUCGCGGCAUGGUCAGCAUCAGAGGCACUCAGCAGGGGGGUCCCCUAAGUCUUCCAAAAGACAGUCCAUGCCGGUUAAACCAGUAGCCCCUCCCCAACAAGUCAGGGAUGUAAAUUUCCCCCAGCAUGUGAGUCCACUCAACCCUCAACAUGUCAGGGAUGCAAACUUUCCCCACCAUGUUCAGCCUCUUGCUGCCCAUCAGCACAGUGUGCCACAAGGACAAGAGACCGACCCCUCAGGGAGGAGACCGAGGGCACCUAGUUUCCCUGCCCCUCCAACACCCCUCUCUGGCAGUAUCAGGUCCCAGGGAAGCAGGAGGUCCCCCUCCCCACCCUUACCCCCACCCCCACUACAACCCAAUGUUCGACCAAUGAACAUUAGACACAGUACAGAGGUUAUACACACACGUGUGAGUGAACCACCAACUCCACCCCCCAUCUCCAAAAUCCCAGGGACAAGGUCCUCCGUGUCAUCAUUUGAGCUGGGGAAAAGAUCUCGCGAGGGGUCAGUGGAGAGUCCCCUACAGUCCCCCACUCACCAUACAGGUUACCAUGGCAAUACUGACCAGUUUAGCCUGGCCUCUCAGCUUACCAAAGUAAAGCUUAAAACAGGGGCAGUGCCUCCGCCACAGGAGAAGACGAGCUUCAAACAGCAGGCCGCCAUGGGAAUAGCUGCAGAACUAGUACUGAAGAAAACUCCUUUAAGACAUAGUCCGAAAGAAGCUCCCCCCCAAAAGACUCCGGAUGAGAAUCGAGAGAUUUCCCCUGAGGCCCUCCUCAAGAAACUCAAUCCAGUAAAACGUACAGAGGGAAGUAAGACUAGUCCAGACAAUGAGACAGGGACAGCCGUAAACUUCCUGUCAAAGCUCCGACCCACAGGGGGACAAAAACCCUGGGAAAAAGACCCCUCUCCCACUUUGGACUCUGCUGAUGUUGUCAUGGAUGUUAUGACAUCAUCAAUAGAUGAAGAACCCCUCCCCCCUGAGCCCCUGGUGGAAGAAGAACCAGUUGAGGAGCUCCCAUUACCCCCUCCCCCUCCCACUGAAGACAGCGAACCAGUCCAGCCACAACCUGGGGUUGCCUUGGAUACUCCAUCAACAACCACCAAUAAAAAAAGAAUGAUAUUUGAGAAAGAGAAAAAAGAUAUUGGUGACAAUAUGGACAUCGAUCUAGAUGAAAUUGAUUACAGUCAAAUCCCUGGUUACGUUCCGAUUACUAACGCCGUUCCAAACUGGAAAAAAGACAUGAUCAUCAAGAAAAAUGAAGAAAAAGUCAGGGAAUAUGUGGAGGAGCUUAGGCGGAAGAAGGCAGAGGCCCUGAAGUGGAAGGAUGUCCCUGAGUGGAAGAAAAAAAUGUUAGAGAAGAAGGAACAGCAAAAGCGGGAACAGGAUUCGGCUAUGACACAAGCAGCGCAGCAGAAGGAGCAAGCAAAGACGGCCAAAAUAAAACCUGUGUUACAGAAACGCCAGUCCUUCGAUGAAACCCAAACCAACAAUAAUACAACCUUUGUCACUAAAAACCCUGUAUCCCCUGUUACUAAGCAACCCGUUUCCCCACCUGUUGCUAAGCAACCAGAAAAAUCACCCGUAACCAAGCAACCAGAAUCACCACCUGUUACUAGCAUGCCAAAGAAUCCUGUCAAAGUCACAAAUGAUAAGACUGAUAUAGAUCAAACAAUCGGUGUAGAACAAGUGGGUGAAGACAACAUGACUACGUCAAUGGUUCAUGCUAAGUCAGAAAAUGUGGGCUUGGAGAAUCAGAGCAGUGUAGAUAACAGGUCUAGGUCAAUGGUUGAUGCUGAAUCACAAAAUAUGUGUCAGGAGAAACCAACUGUGGAAGAUAGGGUUCAAUCAACAUGUCAACCUCAGAGUGAGGAGAACAGGUCUUCUCAGGUGUCAAGUGAGGAGGUUUAUAACUCUCAGCAACUGGGCAAUGAUAGAGGGACAAAUGGGCAUCAUGAUGAAAUUGGGUCACAUGAGCAAUGCAAUCAGAUCACAUCACAUGGCCUUGAUGAUUGCUCUGAUCAAAGCAAAACGGAAACAUUAUAUGACCAAGACGAUGAAAUGAAUUCAUGUGGCCAAGGAAUUCAGAAAAAGUCACCAUCUCAGUUUCCUUCAGGCACUGAUCAACUUGAUGAAAAUAGUUCACCACAUGACUACAGUGUUGAAAUGUCUCCUAAACAAGAUGACAAUGACCAGCCUCAUGUAAAAGACCCCACUGUCCAAAUCAAUGACACAGGGUCACAGCAAUUGCAUGGCAGACGUGGGUCUCAAGAUCUGAGCACUAUUAAACAAGAAGCUGGGAAUUCAUCUCCUGAUGUCUGUGAUAAGGGUGGGUCAUGUGAUGAAGUAAGCAUGGAUGAUCCACAAGAUGGGAUGAUCAUCCAAAGCAGUGAUGAACAAAGGGAAGAAGAGGAACGAAAGCGAGAGGCAAGGAGAAGACAACUGGAAAUGCAGGCACAAAUGGAGAAAGAAUUGGCAGAUGUUCCAGAGUGGAAGAGAGAGAUUAUGAUGAAGAAAGGCGGAGCUCCGACCAACUGGGGCGAUGAACGAGAGGAUAUCAACCGCGACGAAAAUAAUGAAGAAAACCAAAAUUACGAGUGACACAAUUCCAUAAACAAAUAGGUCACAAUUUAUUUUUAUAUAAAUCAUCGGUGAUUCCGCACUGUGGGACUGUAUAGUCUUUAAGAAGACAAAUAAAGUAACUUGAUUGGUCGGCCAAUUUUAUCUUCAUUUGUGUAUCCUGUCUGAAGUUGGGAAGGGGGGUGUUAGAGAACUAUGGGUAAAUGGCUUGUAAUAUAUGUUUUAUCUUUUUGCAUGAAAUGCAAUUUUGAAAUCCCUUGAUCCAAAUGUAAAUCAACAUGAGCGCGAUUUGCUGGUUUGAGUAUUUUGAAAAAAAAAAGAUAUUGCUUGAAUAUGUUGCAUAAAACUUGUUCAUUGAUUUAAUUCAGUUUUUGACUAUCAUUUUGUUUCUUUGAUUUUCUGUUCCCAGCUACGCCAAAACUUCUUGUUUAUAGAUUAAUGAUUAGUAUUUGUUUAUAGAUUAAUGAUUAGUAUUUGUUUAUAGAUUAAUGAUUAGUAUUUGAGGCCUUAGACAAUUUCUGUUCCUUGAUGAAAUCUUUUUUUUGAGAUUCUGCCAUGAAUAGGUUUGCUCUAAAGUGCCUUUGUACAGGCUCCCUAAUUUAAGUAAAAUCAUUUGUGUUUGAGGUGCAAUUUUGUUGAUGAUGUACUUAACAUCCUUAGUUCAGAUUUCGGUCAUGAAUUUUUUUCUAUAUAAAUAAUACAGAAAAAUUGUAAUUUCAUGUUUAUACAAUACAGACUUAAGCUAUGUGUGAUUUAUCAAUUCAGAUUGGUUAAUUUUCUGUGAGGUCAUAAUUCAUUAUAAGCAGAAGUUUUGUAGACUUGUAGUUAUUUCCCUUGCCUUGCUAGUUUUCUAUAAUGGCUGGGUUUUUCAUAUGCCUGAAUUUCAUGUGAAAUAUUGAUACAUUUGUGUUAUUGUUGAUGAGACUUUUACAACCUGUGGUUCAUCAAUAUAUUGGUCAGUCUCAAGAUGUUGAUACCUGACGAUGAACAAUGUCUAUGUCAGAAAAAACAAUUAACUGAACUGGAUUUUUGUUGUCAAUGUAUAUUAACAAUUGUUUGUCAGUUGAGCUUUUAUUUAAGUAGUGAUGUGUACAUGGCCAUGUUUGAAUGAACUCGGUAUAAUUAUGCCUUUUUAUAUACAAUGUACGUUCAUACACUUAAACGGUGCUUUAUUAUUAUUAAUAUAUUUUUUGUUUUAAUUCCUUCAUUUUGUCAUUAUGGUUGACUUUAAUUAACUGUGUUGAGCCUUUUCAGGCAAAAGCAGAUAGUUUUAAUAGAGAACGUUUUACUUGUAACUGACAAUCCUUUCAUUUCACAGAUAAAUGUUAAAGGCUUAAAUUAUUCCCACCAUAUUUACCUGGCACUUUAAGGAAAACUUUAAACUUUGAUUGACAGCCAGUAUUUCUUAGCAUAGUUUUAUGUUUGUAAACAAAAUCUACCAAAGCAGAGCAUUAUCUGUCUGUAUAUGACAAAUAAAUCGUCUUACCCUCAUUCAAAA